GCUCAAUGCUUGAAACCACUAUCCCACUGGCAGACAGACUGACGUGAGCCAGCGCCGGAGCGAGCGACCGAACGAAUUCAUUCUUCCCGAAUUUUGCUCCUGACCCUAUGCGGGAAUGUGGUGCAGUUCAUACGUGAAUGAAACAUAGGAUACCCUCCGUCGUGUCGCCGAUUCUCAAGAAGCUGACCGAGUUCGGACGUCAGGCGCCCCUGCUUGCCGUCGGAAAGAGAGAAAAAAUUGGCUACCGCGCCUUGUAGCCCAAAGGAGCACACCUGAGCAUCAAGAUGGCCUCUCAAGAAUGAACAACAGUUAAAAAGCGUAAGAAAAAAACCAACACACACGAGACUGAGUGGAGGCAGCGCGAGAGAGAAAGAGAGAGAGAGAACUGGUCCUGCAGCUGUGCGAGUUGGCGAGUGGUGAUCACACACAGCAAGGGAGGAGAAGCUGCCUUUUUUUGCUCAUUUAUGCUGCCGUCGACAAUGGACGAGGCGUUAAGCGGCGGCGCGGGCUCGUCUGGAAUCUCCUUAUGCUCGCCGCUUGCUUUCCGCACAGACAGCUUGGCGGCGAUCUCCCCCGUCUCGGCCGGGGACGACGAUGACGCCGAAUCGUUCAGCACCACGGUGGUGACGCCGCGCCUCUCGGUCCACCACGACGACAUCGACAUCAUCGUCGACGUCGAGGGCGACGACGACGACGACGACAGCAACAGCAGCAAAGCGACGAAAACAGCGUCGGCGCCGACCCCGUCGACCGGCCGUCGCGUUUACACGACGCAAUUCAAGCUGCACGUGCUGGACACCUACCGGAAUGACAAAGAGUGCAAAGGCAACCAGAGGGCGACGGCGCGAAAAUUCGGCAUCCACCGACGACAGAUCCAGAAGUGGCUGCAGGGCGAGCAAAGUCUCCGCGCCUCGCUCAACAACAACGAACCCGAGAUGCCCGUCGAGAUGGACGAGGCGCUCAACCUGUGCAUGAAACCGGAGGAGCUGCAUAAUCAGUACAAGGAGCAGCUGAUGCUGCACGAGAUGAAGCAGCAGGAGGACCGCUGGUCCACGUCGGGCUCGGUGUCUCCGCCGACGGCGCCCCCUUCGGGUGGCAAGCGGCGCUCUUUCACACUGCAGUUCAAACUGGACGUGCUGGACGCGUUCUACCACAACCAAUUGUGCGUCAGCAACCAGCGGGCGACGGCGCGUCACUUCAACAUCAACCGGCGGCAGGUGCAAAAGUGGCUGACCCAGGAGCAGCAGCUGCGCAGCGAGGCUGCGCUGGCCAGCGCCGACCGCGACUCGUCGGCCAAGCGCCAGCGGCUGGGUCGCAACGUGUGGCCGGUGCCGCCGCAAUUGCCGCCGCCGCAGGAGAACCCCCUUUGCCUGGUCGUACGCCCCCGGAACCAAUCGACGGCUUUCCGACGCUCUGCCACUCUGGCGUCGCACCCGUACGCAUCUGUCCGUUGGCCGCCUCCGCAGGUUCUCGAAGAAUCGCGCGAAACUGUGAAGCGCCAAUCGUACCCUCUAGGCUUCAAGCUGAAGGUGCUGGACACGUACCACCACAGCCAAGAGUGCAACGGCAACCAGCGGGCCGUGGCCAAGCAGAGCGGCAUCAACAGGCGGCAGGUGCAGAAGUGGCUGCAGCAGGAGGACGCGCUGCGCGAGCGCGCGAGGAUGUCGAUCAAGCCUCUACACUGCGACGUGGACAGCGCGCACACGCUCUCGUCGCCCUUCAUGCUGCCAAAUCCGCCCUUCGGUUCGCCGCCGUCGAUGUCGCCGUCGCCGCCGACGCCACAGAUCAAUCAGUGCGUCUUCUCACACUACGCCGCGGUCACCUCCUCCGGGCCCAAUUUCUGGUGACGUGUGCCCCCCGGCGCCCCCCGCCCCCGCCCCUGUGCCAUAGCCUUCUGCUCCUUGCUCAAAUGCAGCUACUUGUCGGCCUUUGCCCCGUUGGUUCGACGAAGACAAAGGCUGCCUGCCUUUAACAUCCACCCGAGUUUAACAAUCAUGUACUGACCACCUUUUUUACGAAAUCUGUUUUUUUUUUAAUAAUAAUAAUUAUACGUAUAUGUUUCAACAUUGCUACUGUACUCGACAGAUACCUUGUACAUAUUAACCAAAAACACACAAGAUGCUCACUUAUUAAUUUUACGAGAGGCUAUUUUGUAUUAUAGUUAGUUAAGGAGCUUCCUGAACGUGCCACUAUUCCAAAAAUGACUCUACGUGCCUUUUCCAGAAAUUCACCCUCUGGACAAACUCUCGAGAAAGAUUGCCUUUUAUACAUGCCUGACGAAAUGUCCAAAUCGAAACUGAGAUUUUUACUGCGAAAAUUGACUACUAGGAGUAGGUUUACAAGCAAAUAUUUUUUAUAUCACGAAUAAGGUGAACAAUUUUAGGCAUAUCAAGUUCAAAGAAUGGCGCUUUAAUAGAAAGUGUAAAUAUUCAAUAGUUAAUUGUAUCUCGAUUCAAUCUAAUUCGUUCCAAGUAAUGUUUCACAUUCAGUGAGUGUUAUUUGUGGCGCCAAGGCAGCUAAACGUGCUAUAUUAUUGUAUAUCACUGGCCAGGUCCGUCAAUUGAUAUUAUAGAAUGAUACAGCGCGCGAAUCAAACUCAAAUAAAGUUUUAACUAAAAACCAGCAGAAAAAUAUAUUUAUGAUUCCGACAGCAAAGUUAAUCCUUCCAAUUUUCCAACGCAGCGAAACUGCGCUGCUGGACACGUAUUUUAACCAAAUUUCUCGCUCACACAUAUAUUCUGCGCUAACACGUGUUGAAUGGGCCUCUUGGGAUUUUUCUCCCGAAAGUGCCUUUCCUGCUCCACCGAUGAUGAAUCAUGCAAUCACGCGAACGCAAGCGCUUGUUAAAAUGUUGAAGGAUGGUCGUCUCAAAGCGAAAUGUACCUUAUUUUCUUAGAUUAAAAGAAAAUAUUUAUUCGGUCUCUUAAAUAAAUUUGUAAGUCCUUGCAAUUAGGGCUCAUGAGUUUUCCUCGCAACUUUUUGAAGUGUGAGAGGCUGUUGAUAUUUUAGAAGGUAUAUUUUUAUAAAAACGAACACGGACUCUUAACAAUAAGCAACAAGCUGCUCUAUUUAUUGAAAAGAAACAAUUUACCUUGCGCUUAAAAGAAAAAUAAACGAUUUCUUUUCUAAAUAAA